GUCUCCAGGCACGACCAAUCAAUUUACACCAAAUUAAACUGUCACAGUGUGAAGGAAUAUUAGCAUCGAUCAGCCUACCUUUACUGUGCAGCAAAUCAAGGUGCUCCAUUGUGGAUGAAGUCUACAGAACAAAGAUCAUACGUGUUGUUAACGUCACACACACACACACACACGUUUACAUACAAGUUACUCAUUCUUCCAAGUAGUAGUAAUUUAUGUCAAUCGAAACAGGCGACUAGCAAGCUGUUAGCAUCAUACGCGCCGGCUGGUAUACAUAUUUUGGUAUGCCUUACAGUAUAGCAUUUAUGACAACAGACAAGCUAGGAUACGGACACAUCCAUAGUCGUGCUGCGUAGUGCACUAUCGGUACGACUCGAAUAAAUAUUAACAUUUAGUUUAGUUCAGCCAUCUUGAAAGUCGAGGCGUCAUUUCCCGAGACGCUUCGACUAUGGCGGGUGUUACCAUGGCAACCACAAGCAGCGUUCAGUUAGACGGGGAUGGUUUCACGUGAAUCACGUGAUGCCAAAUAGGUCAGUUACAAAGUACAUCAAAUGUUCAAAGAGAGUCGCGGACACAUUUUAAAGGACUCAAGACUGGAGGCUGGGAUUUUUGGAUACGGAAGGGAAAAUGUCUUCUUGGACAAGUUCAGAUUCUUCAAUUGCAUCAAAUUGUUCGACAAAAACGGCCAAACACGAAGUAAAGCUCGGCAAGGUCUUGUACAGCCACUGCAGUACUUACUCCAUCCUGACUUUCAUCGGAGAAGGCUACUUCGGAAAAGUGGCAAUGUGCAAAAAUGUAUACACGCUGGAGACGGUAGCCAUCAAGAUCCUCAAGCACGACGCUCACAUCAAACAGGACCACGAGAGAGAACUGUUCAUGCUCAAGCAGAUUAGCGUCUUGGAUCCCGAUAAGACCAACGUGGUCAGGUUCUAUGAGCAUUUUGAGCACGAAGGAAACAUCUGUCUGGUGUUUGAGAUCUUGGACUGCAACUUAAUCCAUCUGGUGGAAGAACGACAGCGUCAGCCGCUGUCUCUCGCUGAAAUCCGUGUCAUCGCACAUCAGCUGCUGGUGGCCUUGGACUCCUUGAAGGUCAUCGGCGUUGUACAUACCGACAUCAAACCCGACAAUAUAAUGCUCGUUAACAGGCAAGAACAGCCGCUGAGGGUGAAACUCAUCGAUUUUGGCAACGCCAUCCUAGCAUCCAAAAUCAAGAAAGGGUUAGAUAUCCAGCCUGUUGGUUAUAGAGCCCCAGAAAUCACCUUGGGUCUCCCCUACAACGAGAACAUCGAUGUCUGGAGUGUCGGCUGCAUCCUGGCUUUCCUGCUCCUGCCCGGGAAUCUAUUUUGUAUCAACUGCGAAUACCAAAUGAUGAAGCGUAUUAUUAGUCUUCUGGGUCAGCCUGAUGAUCACGUGUUGCAGACGGGAAAAUACACCGAGAACUACUUCACCGAGGAUGAAGAUGUCGGCUAUUUUCAUUAUAGAUUCAUGACACCCGAGGAGUACGAAGCAGCCAACAAUGAGAAACCGAAAGAACCCAGCGGUUGCAGACCCUGCGCCAAACCCUUGGAAGAACUUCUUCUGCCCCCCGUGGAGGGAGAGGUCGCCCAGGGUGAGCUGGAGGAAAGGAAGGCGUUCAUGGAGCUCCUGAAAUGCAUGCUGCACGUGGACGGGCUUCAGAGGAUCUCUGCCACGGAAGCCUUGCGGCAUCCCUUCACCACCAUGACACACCUGGCUAACGCCGCCAGCAGGAGUCUGCUGACGCAGAAACGCAUCACGCUGUUUGAUGACGAGCAGCUCAUUCCCGCCAAUCAAAAGGGGGCCAAUGGAACCAGCAAGAGCAUCUUGAGGAGGAUUCGCAGAUUCUUCCGCCGAAUGACGUCUUCGUUCUAUCGCAGACGCAUGCUGAUGGACUGAUUACGACGCAGACGAGGGGCGUUUCAUUGAUGGACCAAUGAGCAAACAGGAUGCUAAUCAGUGCGCUAUACUUCCCAUGUCAGGACAUUUCUAAAAAAGAAUGCAUCAAUUUAAAGAUGGCAAGUUUAUCUUCAAUACCAGCAAUGGCCGCUACAAAUAAGACAGCCAAUCCAAUAUGAACAAGUCGCUAACCUGUGUGAAUAGUUUGCUACGCAUUGGCGUUGACAUUCGCCAAUCGUAGUCGUUUGUUGCCUACUGUGUGUGGCGUCCAUGAAUGAUCAUUUAUUGUCAAUAUGAUCCAUCGUUUUCUAUAUAAGUCUUGUCCUCAUUAGGAUUGCAGGGGGUAUGCUAGUGUCUUAUCGUCUAAAUUAUAUAUAUUAUAUAUAAAUUAAAUAUAUUAUAUAUUAUAAUAUAUUAUAAUGUGAGUGUGAAUGGUUGUUUGUCUAUAUGUGCCCUGUGAUUGGCUGGCCACCAGUCCAGGGUGUACCCCGCCUCUCACCCGAAGACAGCUGGGAUAGGCUCCAGCACCCCCGCGACCCUUGUGAGGAA